GUUCGUUCUUUCUCCGAGUUCACGCAAAAACAAACAAACAAAAAGAAUUAAAUAGACAUCUACCUUUCUCUCACACAGCCAUUCACUGAGGUUGUGUCUGAUCAUUGGACUUUGGCCUAUAACCCUAUCUUCCCCAACAGCCCCGUGACGGUCGCCACCCCCGGUUGCACCCUCCUAACCUAACGAACUAUCCCGUGACACGACAUGGCCGCCGCCGCGUCGGACGAGCAGUCCAUUGUGCAGCAGUACAAUCGUCUUCGCCAGGAACAGACCGCGAUCAUGUCCCGCAUCGCCGAGCUCGAGAAUGAAAGCCACGAGCAUGAACUCGUCGCGCAGGAGCUGCGGCCACUCAGCCCCGAUCGUUGCUGUCAUCGCCUCGUCGGCGGCGCCCUUGUUGAGCGGAGGGUCGGCGAGGUGCUGCCGGAGAUCGAGCAGAACCUUGAGGCGAUUCGCACCGCGCUAACGCAACUCAACAAAGGGCUCAUGGAUAAGGAAAAGCAGAUGGAUGAGUUCAUUUCGAAGCAUAAGCUCAGCCGCGCAGGAGAAGUGGGGUCGAAGAAAGGGAAGAUCCCCUCGGCGAAUGCGGGCUCGGGGGAAGGCAACCGUGGAGUCUUGGCGUAACACUCGGUGGCUAUGCUCAUAUUAAAAAAAAGUGUAACAAACGGAACGGUACACAUCUUUUGUUGGGAAAAAAAGAGGAUGGGCGCUUAAAAAAAAAAUGUGCAUGAUCUCAGUUACUUUAAGGAAGCUUUAGGGAAUAUAACAUCCCUUUUCUUUCCUUAGAGAAAAAUACAUAUUUACUUUUCUCCCUCUCAAGUGAAGACAAUAAGGAAUGUUUUGUCUUUCGUCCCUAGUUUAGCAUAAUUGUGGAGUGGAAUCUCGCGGAAGUAUUUACAUGAUAAAUAUGUACAAGUGGAGCAAUAACAGCAGUUCAUUGAACCAUUUCUUCUGUUGACUUAAAUAUAUUUGUAACGAUUGA